AUGGGUACCGACUUGGAAAUAUCUUCGAAUAAAGAAAGCAGAUUUUCACCGUUUCUAAAGCAGUGUUUCGUGACAGCCGGUGUGGGGUGUAACAUCAUAGGCCAUGGCUGCGUGCUUGGGUACCCAGCGAUCCUGCUGCCACAGCUCGAAGGACCUGAUGCUCAAUUUAAACUUAGCACAUCUGCGGCUUCCUGGAUAGCGUCCAUUAUGGGAAUAACUCAACUCUUAGGCAGCUUCCUCACGCCAUCUAUCAUGGAACGAUAUGGAAGGAAAAUAUCCCACUUUGCUGUCAUCAUACCUAAUUUGCUGAGUUGGUUCAUCAUUAUGUUGGCUUUUAACUUUGAGAUGCUUUUUGCUGCAAGAGUUCUCCAAGGCUUAUCAAUAGGUUUACUGUCCCCGCUUCGGUCCGUGCUCAUCGGCGAGUAUACCAGCCCUAAGAACCGCGGUGCAUUUCUAACAACUGUUUCAUUAACACAGUCUUUUGGCAUAUUCUUCGUUCAUCUCAUAGGAUCUCUACUCAGUUGGCAAACGACAGCUUUGAUCUGCGUGAUCUUUCCUUUCAUUAGUUUUAUUAUGACUAUCUAUUCACCAGAAUCUCCCAGCUGGCUUGUCACCAAGGGAAGACACGAUGACUGCAGAAAAGUUUUUCAUUGGCUUAGAGGACAUGAAGAAGAUAAGGAACUCGAUGAAAUGAUAGAAGCGAGAAUAAUGUUUGAAAAAGCAAAAAUUGCAGAAAAAGCCGAACGCAAGACUAAUGGUUUGCAAAAUCUGGUGGUAAUCAUUCGAAAACCAGAAUUUUAUAAACCUAUAAUACUGAUGAUGCAUGCUCAUGUUUUGGUAAACUUCUCUGGUGGAACUACUAUGACAGCAUAUUCCACUGUUAUCCUUGAAUCGGUAAUGGGACCAGAUGCUAAUAAAUACUUCUGGAUGAUCUUCCUAGACGGACAGAGGCUAGUGUUCAAUGCUGCAGCAGUUUUUGCCAUAAACAGAUUUAAAAGGCGAACUAUGAUGUUUGCUACUGGAGCCAUCUCGAUACUCUCUCAAUUCUCUCUCGCUGGCUACUUAUACUUUAAGGGACAAGGCAGUCUGGCGUAUGACGCAUUCUGGAUACCCGUAUUACUAAUAAAUAUGAAAAUUUUUGCCGUCGCUGUAGGUAUGUUACCACUUCCUAAUGUUAUCGGAGGUGAAGUUUUUCCUCUAGAAUAUCGAAGCAUCGGCGGAACUAUCAGUUUGGCGUCAUUCUCCGGAACCUUCUUUAUAGUUUUGAAAACGUUUAGCAGUUUAUUGAACAGCGUCGGAAUGUACGGAUUGUACCUGGUAUACGGUAGUGUACUAACAUAUUGUAUGAUUGUGAUCUGGUGGCUGCUACCAGAGACAAAAGGUAAAACAUUACAACAGAUCGAAGAUGAGUUCAAAGGUCGACCAAUGUCUUCUGAAGAGAAGGAGGAACUGAAGUCACUACAAGAAGACCCCGUUAAACAGUACAUGAGAAGAAUGUCAGAAUGGAGUGUUCAGUCUAUUCAUGUGUAA